GGAACCCCGCGGGACUUUACCGAAACCUGGAUUCUGCAAAUUUCCUUCAAAUUUAUUUGUAUAAUUUUCAUUGCUCAAUUCUCAUUUCCACGUAGCUACAUAUCGACGACGACUUCGUCUGAUGCAGCAUUUGGUUGCUGCUACCAUAGAAUUGUUGCUGUUCAUGGUCUAAGCCCCAACUUCGGAACCGCAGAUCUACUGGGUUAUCUGUGAAGUCACGCUUUUUUAUCAUUUCUGCUUGAUCUUCCGAAGCUCGUUGCCGGCGAAUCUGGAAGUCAAUACGCUGGAUCGGAGAUGCCGGUUGCAGCUUCCGCUAUAUACUUCUUGAACCUCCGAGGGGAUGUUCUUAUCAAUCGUCUUUAUCGCGACGAUGUCGGGGGAAAUAUGGUGGAUGCUUUCCGGACUCAUAUAAUGCAGACAAAAGAACUUGGUACUUGUCCUGUGAGGCAGAUAGGUGGCUGCUCUUUCUUUUACAUGAGGAUCAGCAAUGUCUACAUUGUGAUUGUUGUUAGCAGCAAUGCUAAUGUAGCUUGCGCUUUUAAGUUUGUUGUGGAGGCCGUUGCACUAUUUAAAUCAUAUUUUGGUGGAGCUUUUGAUGAAGAUGCAAUACGCAAUAAUUUUGUUCUCAUUUAUGAGCUUCUGGACGAAAUCAUGGACUUUGGUUACCCACAAAAUCUUUCACCAGAGAUCUUGAAGCUUUACAUUACUCAGGAAGGAGUGCGGUCUCCUUUCUCAUCCAAGCCCACAGAUAGACCUGUUCCAAAUGCAACUUUACAAGUAACUGGAGCUGUUGGAUGGCGGAGAGAAGGUCUUGUUUACAAAAAGAAUGAGGUUUUCCUGGAUAUUGUGGAAAGUGUAAAUCUUCUCAUGUCUUCAAAAGGUAGUGUUUUGCGGUGUGAUGUGACAGGGAAGAUUCUCAUGAAAUGCUUCCUUUCUGGAAUGCCUGAUUUGAAGUUGGGCUUGAAUGACAAAAUUGGUCUUGAAAAAGAGUCACAACUUAAAUCUCGUCCUACCAAAAGCGGUAAAACGAUUGAGCUUGAUGAUGUCACUUUCCAUCAAUGUGUAAAUUUGACGAGGUUCAACUCAGAGAAGACUGUUAGCUUUGUGCCCCCUGAUGGUGAAUUUGAGCUAAUGAAGUAUCGUAUAACUGAGGGUGUUAAUCUCCCCUUUAAAGUGUUACCUACCAUCAAGGAGCUUGGACGAACACGGAUGGAAGUAAAUGUUAAGGUGAAGAGUGUCUUUGGUGCAAAAAUGUUCGCACUUGGGGUGGUUGUGAAAAUUCCUGUGCCAAAACAAACAGCAAAAACAAGUUUCACAGUAACAUCUGGCCGGGCAAAAUACAAUGCUGCUAUUGAUUGUUUAGUUUGGAAGAUUAGAAAAUUCCCUGGGCAGACCGAGCCAACCUUGAGUGCAGAAGUUGAACUUAUUUCCACAAUGGCGGAAAAGAAAUCUUGGACAAGACCACCAAUUCAGAUGGAAUUUCAGGUUCCCAUGUUCACAGCAUCUGGUUUACGUGUUCGAUUUCUAAAGGUGUGGGAGAAAAGUGGGUACAACACCGUUGAGUGGGUUCGUUAUAUUACAAAAGCGGGAUCAUACGAGAUUAGAUGCUGAAGAAAUGUAGAUUGGUGGUUUCAGACGUCAUGGAUGGAGGACUAUGGCUAGAGACUGAAGCAAUCCCAAAUUUGGCGUUCAAUGCUGCACUGUUUUCUUGUUAACCAGAGGAUGAGGGGUUACUCAUUAUAGUGUGUUAUUGUUGAUGUGAAUGCUUGUGUGGAAUUUUAGUUUGAUAUUUGUGAGGCCAGCGUUUUACUGGAAUAUUAAAUUGAUUCUUCCCUCCCCCCCUCCCUUUCUUUCUUGAAAGCUUCAAUAUUUUGUUCUGAUGUACCCUCUCCUGUUGUAAUGCUAAUGAUUAUUUAGUAAUGCGCUCUGUAUUGUACAUUUUAGAUUA